AUGCCUGGAUUGAAUUUUGAGAACUACCAGAGGAACCAAUUCUUAACUACCAAAGGAUUUGCACAACCAAAAGCUACAUCCACAGGUACUACAAUUGUUGGUUGCCAAUUCAAGAAUGGGGUCGUAAUUGCCGCUGAUACAAGAGCCACGGCUGGACCCAUAGUUGCAGAUAAGAAUUGUGAGAAAUUACACAGACUUGCACCAAAGAUAUGGUGUGCUGGUGCUGGUACAGCAGCUGAUACUGAAAUGGUUACGCAAUUGAUUGCAUCGAAUUUAGAAUUACACGCUUUAUCACAGAAUAGACAGCCUCGUGUAAUAACGGCAGUAACCAUGUUGAAACAACAUUUAUUCAAAUACCAGGGUCAUUUGGGUGCAUACUUGAUUGUCGCUGGGGUUGAUCCUACCGGAGCACAUCUUCUUUCGGUACAAGCACAUGGAUCAACCGAUGUAGGAAAGUAUCAAAGUUUAGGGUCAGGUUCAUUGGCUGCUAUGGCAGUUUUGGAAACAAAUUUCAAAGAAGAUAUGACUAAAGAAGAGGCUAUAGAAUUAUGUGCUAAAGCUAUUGAAGCAGGUAUCUGGAAUGAUUUGGGUUCCGGUUCCAAUGUAGAUGUUUGUGUGAUGGAGGUUGGCAAAGAUGCUCAAUUAUUGAGGAACUAUCUUACACCGAAUGUCAGGAUAAAGAAGUGUAAAGACUACAAGUUCCCAAGAGGUACCACGGCAGUAUUGAGCCAAAAAGUACGUGACAUUUGCGACGUUGAGGAAACAGUGGUUACCUUUGACAACAUGGAAGUUGAUGCUACUGUGUAG